UGAAAUUUACUAACGCGUGGCAGACGCCAGACAGCUGCUGUGACACAUGGAGUAGAGUAAAAAAACAUGUUGCGCCUGUAAACGGGAACCAAAUCGACUGGGAUUCAAUUAAAAGGGCCGAAGGGCUCCGAAGCGAUUCUUCUAGGAUGGGCGAACCGAAAGCCACCGCGGAGCCUGGGGAGGAGCAGGCCUUCAACUGCGAGGACGAAGCCAACGCCAUCAUCAACGAUGUGAAGGCGCACGUCGCUGAAAUCUGCAUCUCCUCAAAACUAGCGAGCGACGCCACGCAAAUUUACCUAAACAUCCGGACCAUCGAGAGCGCCACAUGCUGCGUUCAGGUGACCAGUCGUGGCUUCAAGAUAGUCUCCUCCCAGUACGACACCAUAGACGAGGAAAGCCGGAUCUCCGCACUGCUUCGCAACGGACAGGGGCAGGGCCACGACAACGAGGAGGAGGAGGAGGAGGAGAUAUUCGAAACGCCGUACGCGCUGCUCGACAAGAUCAGCCCCCGCUACGUCGAGUCGUUCGGCAACCAGCUGUGCCAGCAGCUCAGGGCGCUGCAACAGAUGCGAACCGAGCUGAACGAGGAGGACGAGGAAGAAGAGGAGUGAUGGUGACUAGACUCCGGCUUCCAACCGAGGCUGUUUACUCUUUAGACAGAAGAUUUUAAUGUUAGUUUAAUUGAAUGUUUAUUCUUAUUGGCGGAGCUCGAUCUCCGAUUUCCUACAUAUACAAAUUUGUGUGUGUCAGUGCCGCAAAAGUAUUUCCGCGUGAGUUGGUCAUGCAGUCCUUGCCUAGCAAACAAAUGUCGCUCCAGAUCCGCUUUAGACCUUAAGACGUUUUAGGAAUAAAGAUUGUGAUUGCAA